AUGGAGUACAUGUCUCCAAGGAGGAGUUCCCCCAUGCAUCCAUCAAGCGGUGGAACAGGUGGCGUCGGCGGUUUCGGCGGCGGUAGGGGUGGCGGGGGCGGCCGAGGUAGGGGCGUGACGAGAGACCGCGACAUCAUCGGCACGACGAUCAAGAUCACGCGCGGUCCCUACAAGGGCAACAUCGGGAUAGUGAAGGACGCGACGCAGGCGACGGCGAGGAUCGAGCUGCACACCUCGUGUCAGACGAUUUCCGUCGACAAGAACCAUAUCGUGGAUGUCGGUGCACCUGGCAAAGAGGGCGGCGCCUCCAGCUACGGCAGGACGCCGGCGUACAGCGGCAACCAGACGCCGUUGUACAGGGACACGGGCAACAAGACGCCGAUGUGCGAUUCGGGGUCGCGCACCCCUUUGCAUUACGGCUCGAUGACGCCCGUCCACGAUGGUUCAAGGACACCGAACGCCAGCUCCGAGUGGGAUCCUGCCGUUUCCAAUACGUAUCCGUCGCCUGGAUAUAAUCCAAGCACCCCCGGGUACCAGAUGAACGGCCCCUACACCCCCCAAACGCCCGGCACCAUCUACGACAGCACGUACAGCCCCUAUCAGGCCAGCCCCGGCUACCAGAGCGUCGUCUCCACGCCCAGCCCCGCCGCCGGCUACGGCCAAUCGCCGGCCAGCAGCAACUCCUACAGCACGCCCAGUUCCGCCUACAGUCCCAACAUGCCGUACAAUCCGCAGACGCCGGGCGCUGGGCUCGACGUCAUGCCCAUGACCGAUUGGCAUACGGUCGACAUCGAGGUUAGGAUACGCGACAGUCACGACGACUCUGGCCUAGUGGGCCAAACGGGCGUGAUACGGAGCAUAUCGGGCGCCAUGUGUACGGUCUUUUUGCCCGCCGAAGACAGGGUGGUCAACAUCAUGUCCGACCAUCUGGACCCGGUGCGACCGCAAAGGGGCGACAAAUUCAAAGUUAUAAUCGGGGAAGAACGGGAACAGACAGGCGAGUUGCUUUCCAUAGACUUACACGAGGGGGUGGUGAAGAUAAAAGACGAAAUUACCAUGUUGCCACUCCAGAAUCUUUGCAAAAUGAGAGGACCAGAUCACUAG